UAUGGCGUCUGGCAAGAGUAGUAAUAGUGGUAAUCCAAGCAAUCCAAAAGAUGCCCAAGUCAUGGCAGCAAUUUUAAAAGACAUGGGGAUAAUAGAAUAUGAACCACGAGUUAUAAAUCAAAUGCUUGAAUUUACUUAUAAAUAUGUUACAACAAUGCUUGAUGAUGCUCGUUUGUUUUCUUCACAUGCCAAAAAGAAAAACAUCGAUGUUGAUGAUGUUCGUCUUGCAAUACAAUUACAAAUGGACAAGUCUUUUACUUGUCCCCCUCCACGAGAUCUUUUGUUAGAAGUAGCAAGACAGAAAAAUAGUACACCUCUGCCUUUAAUCAAAUCAAGUGCUGGAGCACGUCUUCCACCAGAUCGAUAUUGUUUAAGUGCAUGUAAUUAUCGACUGAAGCCACAGAAAAAGCCUCGUAUGCAGAUAAAUGUUCCUUCAUCUAAAGUGUCUUUCAGUUCCUUACAGCCUGGAAGUUCAAACACUGGACCUUCAAUCUCACGAGUGAUGCCAGCUAUUCCUUUAGCUAGUAAAUCUGGAACUGUACUAUCUGUAGUCACCAAGACUGUGGGUUCUCCAACAGUCACAUUAGUUACAAGAACAGUCACCACUCCUACACCAACUAAGGGUAAAAUGACACCAACUCCAAUUUUCAAAUUAUCUCAAGGGCCUAUCAUUAGUAGCAGUCCACUUGUAUCAGUAAAAACAAGCAAACCAACUACAACCUCAAGCUCUGCAGUAACUUCUCAGAAUAGUUCAGUAUCCCAGUCGCUUGCAGAUCUGCCAGAAAAUGAGAAAAAAAGAAAGAGGGAAGAUGAUCCUGAUGAUUAUGAUGUUGAAUGAUUACAACUGUUAAGCCUAUUGAGAUAAAAUUUUAACAUUUCUUUUAACGUUUGUGGAACUUAUUGAGCUCAAGCCUUUGAAUGUUCAUUUGUUUGGGUAGGUUAUUGUUUUUUACUUCUUUGUUGUUGCUGUUAAGCAAAACUGUUCUCUUAUUAUUGUUUUUCACUCCUCCAAGCAAUGAUUCAUGAGCUUGAGUCUGUACACUUUCCUGUUUCUUGAAGUAGUUUUUUGUUUUACUGAGGUAUUUUUAAAGAUUGUAAGUAUUAGUGUACAUUUUCAUUUAAGAAUUCACAGUUUUAAAUAUCCAAGAGUCAAUUUGGUUUGACUGCUUCCCACUCACAGGAGUUGUGUGUUGGAAAUAAAAUGUUAUUUUUAUUACAAUCUAUUAAUAGAUCAUUUAAUCCAUAAAAUAUUUGUUCAUGUCAGCUUGUGAUGUUGAAUAAUUUGUUUUUAUUACUCUUUUAAUCACAAAUGAAUAGACAAAGAAAUCACCUAAAAAUGCAUUUUCUGAUAUUAAAUUCUUUUAACUUAUUUUUUAAAAGUUGAUCAACUUAUAAAUAGAUGUGAAGAAUUUGAAAUGUUAAAAUUUUUUGUAUAUUUUAAAAGGUAGAUAAUGAUUAAAAUAUGUAAAGAUGCUACAUUUGAAUUAUUUUUAUCAGAAGUAAAAAUAUGGUAGAAAAGCCUAUCAAACUUCUGAGUUUAAAUUUUUUUGUAUAUAUAUUUUAUUUCAGCUUCUAUAUGUGUAUGUUGAAUGUAUUGGAUUAGUUCAAAAAUUGCUAGAUAAUCAAUCAAUGAACACGUUUGCAAUAAUAUAGUGUUUGAUAUUAGAAAUUAAACUAAGAUUUCUUUUUGAAUGAUCAUGAGUUUUGAGCUAUAUUUUAUUCCAUAUAUUAGAAAUUUUUGGUUAUUUUUAUAUUAUGCAAGUUUUGCUCACCUACUUUAUGUACAUCAUUUUUUUUCUUCAGUUCUUGUGAAAAUUUAACAAUUAUAAAACAUGUUUUUUUUAAGUCAGUGAUUAUCUUGUAUUACAUCUCCAUACAUUAUAAAGAGAGUUGAGUAUGUUAUAUUACAAAUGAUUUUAGGGCUUCACUGCUUUGUUACAGUCCAUGUUUUACCUGACAAUCAUGCAUCUUUACAUUAGCCCUGCAGCACAAUUUUUAUUCCUAAAGGCCCUAUCAUAAGAUAGUCAUAUCCAUGAAUGUUUCCAUUACACAUCCAGUGUACGAGGACAAUAGUUUCCCGGUGGCCAUUUCACAGAAAUACAUAGUUGCUGCAUCUGAAGUGUAUGUAUGCAAUAACAUGGAUACUCUUUUCGUUCUCCAGUUCCACGAGAUAUUUUGAACAUGAGGUAUGACUGGAAGCCUUAUCUUGGUGAACUCAUACCCUGUUGGCCUUGUUUAUGUAAAAAUGGUCUAAUAGUAAGUAGAGUUUACCUUCACCUGUGUAUUCACUAUCCCAAUCCUUAACUUACCCCUGGUGCAGUAUCCAGUGAUGAUUAUAAAUCCCUUCAAAAAGGUUUUGCAAUAUGCUGUGUGCCAUUAUUGGAAAUUGUUUUCAACCACUGACCAGUAGAAAAUGGCACUUGUUAUAAUUAUUAAUGUAAACCUAUGCUUUAUUGAGUAUCACCAUGUACUGCUAUUUUUCCCUAGUUAGGUAUAAUGAAUACAGUUUUCUACAGCUGUUCUUUUCCUGGUUAUGUCAUAGAUGUAACUUGUGUACGUGUGACUUGUGUCUCUUUUUCCAUGUGAAGAUUCUUCUUGAUUAUGUUGUGUACUGUUACUUGGAGCACUGGACUGCUUUUGCUACUGGCCCAUGACUAUGGUAUGACUUGUUGCAGAUCUCUUUCUAAAUGUUUUCCAAUUCCAUUAAGUACAAGGAAUAUCCCUGUCUUGGAAAUUCUUUAUGAGCUGAGUAUAUGAAUAUUUUACAUUGGAGAGGACUGUUACAUACCCAUCCUAAAAGCAAUCAGUUUUUGGUAGAAUCAUACUAACUAUAAUGCGUUAAACAAUGUAAAAAUUUAGUUCUGAUACAUGGCAUUCCAUGAUUUUAUAUUGGCUGUGCUUGUCACUUGACUUGCAUAUUGAAAUCAUUUUAAUAUAUAAUAUAUUCAACCAUCUGUUAAUGUACUUUAGUAAUCACUUGACAAAUUGCCACAGCAGGGUGUAUACAAUCAGGGAAAAAAUGCCUAAAGUCAAGGUUAUUUUUGUUACCGCCAGUAAUCACUAACCGAAAUGUAUUGGCUAGCUACUAUAUCUAGUACAUAAGCUCAAUAAUUCAUGUAAAGUAGUUAAUGCAGUGAUUUCAGAACAUAUUAUGUUUAUAUAAUGUGAAUGGUAAGGAAAACUUUGAAAAAGUCAUGGAAAAGUAAAAUAAUUUAUUUUAUCAAAUUCUAUAUACACCCUGCACGGGUUAGGGUUUGAAGUAUUUGGUUACGGUUUUGGAGCUUCUUCAUAGUUAUAGCUAAGUAUAUGUAACAAACAUUUUUUUCAUUUUCUUUUAAGGGUAGUGUUAUAUACCAUGCUGAGUUUUGGCAUUGCAUUUUCUUUAAUUUUGCCUUGUUAAUGAACAAAGAAACAUUUUGGAAAUUACAAUGGUUCUCAUUAUGAGAACCAUUAAGUAAUGAGGUGAUUAUUUAUGUGUCAAAAUAAGGGCGUAAAAGUUAAUCUUCUUGUGUUUAUAAAGUAUUCCAUUUAUCAUUUUUUACUGUUCAAGUCAAUGCUACUAAUUUAAAAAGUGUCCUCAUUUCUUAAUGUGAGCUGUGUUUAAAUGCUAAACAGUUUCAUUCACUUUGUAUUGUUGUGUUGUACAAUCAGAAGAAAAAUGCUCUCAAACUGAUCAUGUCUGUGACAGUUUUAUUAAAAUCUAAUAUAAUGUUUUACAGGCCUGCUAUAAUUUUUAGCUUUUCUUCUUUUAACUGAUAUUUAUUAUGGUUUAUCUGGCAGAAUAAAAUAGUUAAAUAUCAAUCA